AGAUGACAGAAGUGCCCUAAUAUGCGCGGAUUCCAUCUCAACUGUCAUAACUACCAAGUAUACUAGAAUUAUCACUACUCAUCAAUGUCCUCCAUUGUUCAAUUGCUAUCUUUUCCAUUAUCCUCUCCUUCUGAUUCUUCAUUCCCAAUCCUUCAACACAAUUUCCCAACCCCUCAAAAAGUCCCUAUUCAAUCCUGUUCAUAUUCAACUCCCUCUGUUUCUCUUCCAAAACCCACUUCAGAAAUCCGCUCUAAAGAAUCAUGGGUCCAAACUCUUCGCUCUCAAGUUCGCUCUGGUCUUUUAUCAGAAGCCAUUUCAACCUACAUUGCUAUGUUAAUGGAGGAUAUAUUACCUGACAACUUCAUUUUUCCCGCCAUUAUUAAAGCUGCUGCGGACCUUAGUGACUUGAAUUUUGGGAAACAGGGUCAUGCUCAUGUGGUUAAAUUUGGGUAUGGGUCAAAAUCAACUACUGUGGAUAAUACACUUGUGAAUAUGUAUGGUAAAUGUGGAGAUAUCAGGGAUGUAUAUAAGGUGUUCGAUGAAAUGCGUCAAAGAGAUCAAGUUUCUUGGAACUCUUUUAUUUCAGCAUUGUGUAGGCAUGAGGAAUGGGAGGAUGCUCUAGAAGCGUUUUCGUGUAUGCAAGCAGAAAACGUUGAAGCUAGCUCGUUUUCAUUGGUGAGUUUAGUGAAGGUUUGUGGGAAUUUGGGGGUUGUUAAUGGGUUGAAGCUUGGUAAACAAAUUCAUGCUUAUGCUUUAAGGAAAGGAGGUGUGACAACUUAUAAUAUCAAUGCAUUGAUGGCUAUGUAUGCAAAAUUGGGGCAGCUUGAUUAUGCAAAAUCCCUUCUUUACACAUUUGAGGACUGCGAUUUAGUCACUUGGAAUACGAUUAUAAGUUCAUCAUCGCAGAAUGACUCGUUUGUUGAAGCAUUAGAGUUUUUGACAUAUAUGGUUCGUGAUGGAAUUAACCCGGAUGCAGUAACAGUUGCUAGUGUUUUACCUGCAUGCUCUCAUCUGGAGAUGUUGGAUUUAGGUAAAGAAAUUCAUGCUUAUGUGAUUAGAAAUAAAAACUUGAGUGAAAAUUCGUUUGUGUCUAGUGCUUUGAUUGACAUGUAUUGCAAUUGCAAGAAAUUUGUAAGUGGUCGUCGAGUUUUUGAUUACACCCAUGUGAGGAACAUUGCUAUUUGGAAUGCUAUGCUAGCUGGUUAUGCGCUAAACGGAUGUUUUGACGAUGCAUUGAGACUUUUCGUUGAAAUGCUAGAAGUUUCAGGGCUAAUCCCAAAUCCCACCACUAUGGCAAGUGUUUUACCAUCUUGUAUUCAUAGUCGAUCCUUCUUAGACCGAGAAGGUAUUCAUGGUUUUGUCAUCAAAUUGGGUUUUGGUCACGAUAUGUAUGUACGAAAUGCUCUAAUGGAUAUGUACUCUAGGAUAGGAAAGGUUGAAAUUUCGAGAGGUAUAUUCAAUAGCAUGGAGCAAAAGGAUAUUGUCUCGUGGAACACAAUGAUAACUGGCUCUGUUGUUUGUGGACUGCACAGUGAAGCUCUUCUGCUGCUUCAUGAGAUGCAACGACAUGAAAAUGAUAAUGAUGAACAUGAAAAUGAAAACCAUAGAAGAAACCAUCAAAGAGCAAAUUCGAUUACUCUCAUGGCGAUUCUUCCUGGUUGUGCUUGCUUAUCAGCACUCGCUAAAGGGAAAGAGAUACACUCUUAUGCCUUAAAAAAUAAUAUGGCAUCAGAUGUUGCUGUCGGAAGUGCGCUAGUUGACAUGUAUGCGAAAUGUGGGUGUUUGUCGUUAUCCCAAAAAGUAUUCGAUCAUAUGCCAAAGAAGAAUGUUAUAACAUGGAAUGUGCUUAUCAUGGCUUAUGGUAUGCACGGGGAAGGAGACAAAGCGCUUAGUCUUUUCGAAAAAAUGUCUGCCCAGUUUUCUCAGUCGAGUGAGGUGAAACCCAACGAUGUAACAUUUAUCGCUGUAUUUGCAGCCUGUAGCCACUCGGGUUUGGUCGAUGAAGGCCUAAAUCUUUUUCAUAGUAUGAGAGACGAAUAUGGGAUUGAUCCGAAUUCUGAUCAUUAUGCUUGCUUAGUAGACUUGCUUGGCCGAGCAGGGAAACUGCAAGCUGCCUAUGAACUGAUCAAUAGCAUGCCUGUGAAUUAUGACAAGACGGGUGCUUGGAGCAGUUUGUUGGGUGCUUGUCGGGUGCAUAAGAAUGUUGAGUUAGGGGAAAUCGCAGCGAGAAAUCUCAUUGAUUUAGAACCACAUAUUGAUAGCCACUAUGUUCUACUGUCUAAUAUUUAUUCGUCAGCUGGGUUUUGGGAAAAGGCGUUGGAUGUGAGGAAGAAUAUGAAGCAAAUGGGAGUAAGAAAAGAACCGGGAUGCAGUUGGAUCGAACAUGGCGAUAAGGUUCAUAAAUUCCUCGCGGGUGAUUCGUUGCACCCACAAAGUGCGCGACUCUAUGGUUUCAUCGAGGAUUUAUCAGAACGGAUGAAAAAAGAAGGCUAUGUUCCUGAUACGUCGUGUGUUCUACACAAUAUCGAUGAAGGGGAAAAGGAGACGCUAUUGUGUGGGCAUAGUGAGAAAUUGGCUAUAGCUUUCGGGAUUCUGAAUUCACCUCCUGGACGUAUAAUUCGUGUUGCAAAGAACCUACGAGUUUGCAAUGAUUGCCAUACUGCUACCAAGUUUAUAUCGAAGAUCGAAAACAGAGAAAUUAUUCUUCGAGAUGUCAGGAGGUUUCAUCAUUUUAAAGAUGGAAUCUGUUCUUGUGGAGACUACUGGUGAAUUAUAGUUAGUUCUGUUAACUUCCCUCUUGAUUGGAAUUUGUCAUUCAAUUUGUUGUUAUACUAGCUGUGUUUCAUAUACAAUUACCAGUUGUGAACACAGGUGUGCAGACAUGCAGUGUGCACAUGAUAUCAGUUCUCAUGUGUUUAACGGGGCGGGUCGACCAUGGCCGUCUAUUAGCAAGAACAAAGCGGGCUACCGCCCAGAACCCUAAAGUUUUAAGGGAAAAAAAACUUAUUUUAAUGUAUACAAGUGAUAUUAAUUUGAUUCAAAAUUUGGAAAUAACUUCAUUUUUUCCUAAGUGAUA